CAGCACUAACCUUCCCACCCUGCUUUCCGCCAGCUCGCCCAGAAGUACGACCCGCAGAAGGAGGCCGAGCUGAGGACAUGGAUCGAGAACAUCACUGGGCAGCAGAUCGGCCCCGACUUCCAGAAGGGGCUGAAGGACGGUGUCCUCCUCUGCGAGCUCAUGAACAAGCUGAAGCCCGGCUCGGUGAGGAAGAUCAACCGCUCGGCUCAAAACUGGCACCAGCUGGAGAACCUCUCCAACUUCAUCAAGGCCAUGACCAGCUAUGGCAUGAACCCUGUCGACCUCUUUGAAGCCAACGACCUCUUCGAGAGUGGGAACAUGACCCAGGUGCAGGUCUCCCUGCUGGCUCUGGCGGGCAUGGCCAAGACCAAGGGGAUCCAGAGCGGGGUGGACAUCGGGGUGAAGUACUCGGAGAGGCAGCAGAGGAACUUCGACGAGGCCAAGAUGAAAGCCGGGCAGUGCGUGAUCGGGCUCCAGAUGGGCACAAACAAGUGCGCUAGCCAGUCGGGCAUGACGGCCUACGGCACCAGGAGGCACCUCUAUGACCCGAAAAACCAGAUCCUGGCCCCCAUGGACCAUUCCACUAUCAGCCUUCAGAUGGGUACCAACAAGUGCGCCAGCCAGGUGGGCAUGACGGCCCCCGGCACGAGGAGGCACAUCUACGACACCAAGAUGGGCACGGAGAAGUGCGACAACUCUUCCAUGUCCCUCCAGAUGGGCUACAACCAGGGAGCCAACCAGAGCGGCCAGGUCUUCGGCUUGGGCCGCCAGAUCUACGACCCCAAGUACUGCCCCCAGGGCAACCCGGGCGACGCGGCCAACGCCGCCUGCGACGAGAGCAUGGACCCACCCGAGUACCACUACUACCGAGAGGAGGAAGAGAGUUACUGAGGGGGGGCCCUCCCUAACCCCACCUAACCCCUCCCGUCCCACCCUAGCUCACUCACAGAUCCUAGUUGCCGGCAACAUCCCAGCAUCUCCCCUCUCUCUCUCUUUUUAAAACUCUUUUUAUACUGAAUCUUUUUCUAAGCAAGGAAACACCCCUCUGUGUAGAGAGAAGAGUUGGCUGUUUAGCCCCUUGGGAGUUGUCCCAAAGGGCAGUGCCCCCAAAUUCAGCCCGGUAGUCUUCUAUUAGGCAGGAUUUUAGAUGCCCAUAAGUACCCCGUCUCUAGCCCUCCAGGACCGUGCGUGCCAGGGAAGCAUUAGCAGAGCAGGGCAUGCAAUGGAUUGCAGCCUCCCAGCAUUGCAGGCCUGUGUUGCAACCGUGCGGCUGCUCCUUCACGCUCUGAAGGUGCCUUUGGAAGCUGCCUAGCCAGGGCUGGGCGGCAGCUGGGGAUUGAGGGCAUCUGAUAAACAGGAUGCAAUUGGGAAGGGCAGGCCAGGCCAGGGAACUUCAAAAGGAUGGGAGGCAAAUCAUGCUGUGUCAGAUCUAUUAACUUCUGCAUCUCUUCCAAGCUCUCAUGGGGACCAAUGAAAAUAUAUAUCUUUCUAUACAUAUAUAUAUAUAUAUUUUUAUCGAGGCCAAAAGCAAAGCCCAAAGGCUGUGCUCUCCUGUGUAUGUGUUUUUUUUGGUUUGUUUGUUUUUUUUAAAGGGAAGCAGACUAGCAAGGCGUUGUGAAGAUAAGGACCAAGUUUAUCCGCUCUUCAUCUCUAUUCCAAAAAGUCCAGUGCUCCCUGAAGAAGAGAGAAGGAGAAAUUUUAACUGCCCCUGACACUGGAGUGGGGGUCUGAGUCUGCUGCAUUAUUCACAGCAGGGUCGGGCCUCAGGAGGCUGGAUCUGUUCACCCAUAGAGGAUGGAUAUGGGUGAAUGGAUAUGGGUGACGCAACGGAUGGAUAUGUUGCAAUGGCAGUGGUUUUUUACAGAUGUUUUUUAAUAUAGCUGCUCUUCCGGCUAAGACUCGCUCUAUUUAAACCUCCAGGAAAUGUCUUGCGCGCGUCUGGCCUUGCUGGCACUCUCAUAGAUGUAGGGUCAGAAGGGACCUUGCAGAUCUUCUAGUCCGACCCCUGCCCCGGGCAGGAGAGAAAACUGGGCUCAAAUGACCCCAGCUAGGUAGUUGUCAAGCCUCCUCUCUUGGGGUGCCAGCUCCCCAUACUGCCUUCUAGGUUAGGCUUGUCUAAACCAGCCCCCCGGUGAUGGGAGGCCGUGAGCCCCUAAGAACUGGAUGGGACAUCUGCUGCAGUGGCAGCCAGGAGCCUGGCGAUGGAGACUCCCUGGGCUCCUGGAAGGUCAAGUGCCAUGCGUUCCUCCAGAGGCAGUGGUGCCUCUGGAGGUGGUGCCUUGGAAUUUUUUUUUUUUUUAAUAAAAUGUGAAAUGUAAUAUUUGAACAUGGGCAAUAAAUGCUGUAGAAAGGA